CUCCACUGCGCCCCCAAGACCUGGAUCCCCUGCGCCGCCUUUCUCUGCUGCAUCAUUCGCGAUCUCAGGGCAGUCACGGCACUCUACCCACUCGUCGCCACCAAGCUAGCUGCUGCUCGAGCCUUUCCGAGAGGCGCAUGUGACUCGCGGCGAGGCUUUGAGCUCCGAGCUCUCCUGGCAUCCGUGCCGUUUGAUGCUGAGCUGAGAGACAGGUGAGGAGGGAGGGAUGGAGUUCAAGAACGGCGGGUCGUCGUCGCAGCGCCGGGUGGCGGUGGAAGAGGGGGCGCCGCUGGCGAGGCAGGGGUCGGUCUACUCGCUGACGUUCGACGAGUUUCAGAGCGCGCUCGGCGGGGCCGCCGCCGGCGGUGGCGGCGGCAUCGGGAAGGACUUCGGCUCCAUGAACAUGGACGAGCUGCUCCGGAACAUCUGGAACGCGGAGGAGACCCAGGCCAUGGCCUCCGCCUCCGGCGCGGGAGCAGGCGCGGGGAUGCCGCCCACGACGCUGCAGCGCCAGGGCUCGUCGCUCACACUUCCCCGCACGCUCAGCGCCAAGACGGUCGACGAGGUGUGGCGCAACCUCGUGCGCGACGAGCCGCCACAGGGGGCAGACGGCAACGGACAGGAGCAGGCCCACCGCCAGUCGACGCUCGGGGAGAUGACUCUGGAGGAGUUCUUGGUCAGGGCCGGCGUGGUCAGGGAGAACCCCGCCCCCGCCCCCGCCCCAGCGCCACCGCCUAUGCUGCCGCCGCGGCCGGUCCCUGUUGCCCCUAAAAGCUCCGCCUUUUGGGGGAAUUUCCCGGGUGCCGACGAUGCCGCCGCUGCGGCAGCUCUGGGGUUUGCGCCGGUCGGCAUGGGGGAUCUGGCCCUUGGCAAUGGACUGAUGCCGCCGAGGGCGGCGAGCAUGGGAGGCAGCGCCAUGGCUGUUCAAACAGCGGUGAGCCAGCUCGAUUCUGGAGGGAAGGGGUACAGCGACCUGUCGUCGCCGACGGAGCCUCUGCCCUAUUCGUUUGAGGGGAUGAUUCGGGGGAGAAGGAAUGGCGCCGGAGUGGAGAAAGUGGUGGAGAGGAGGCAGAGGAGGAUGAUCAAGAACAGGGAGUCCGCGGCGAGGUCGCGAGCGCGCAAACAGGCUUACACAAUGGAGUUGGAAGCUGAAGUUCAGAAACUCAAGGAGCUAAAUCAGGAACUGGAAAGGAAACAGGCAGAGAUUAUGGAAAUGCAGAAGAACGAGGUACCGGAAAUGUUGAAGGAUCCAUUCGGACGGAAGAAACGGGUGUGCUUGCGAAGAACACUGACUGGCCCCUGGUGAUGACUGAUUGCCUUGCCUCGAUCGAACGGUAGAUGACUAGCUGCAUACCGGGGGCAGUGGUGCUUGCGACCUGUACAUACAUAAUCUCUCCAUCUCCAAUUCACUAGCUAGCUAGCGAUAAAGGCAUAGUCGGAAUCGAGACUUGGAGCGGUGGCAUCGCAAACUGACAUCCUCUAGAGCUUGUGUAGAGUUACCUAGGUUUGCAUCUUGCCGGUUCAUCGUAUGUAUAGAGAUUUGGAUGAUCUCGACAGAUCGAUGUAAGUAGGUUAAUGGGAUCCAGCAAGUGAGAUCGAGCAGCCGGCUCGAUGAUUAUCUUAUGUGUAUCUCAUGGAUUUAGUAUGAACCAUCUGUUGCUGCUUGCACCA